AUGAGCCAAUUCAACUAUAAGCCGAUUGCUGAACUUGAACCACAAACCAAGGCGAGGCUCCGAUCGACGCAACUGCUGACUUCACUGCCUCAAUUAAUAUCUGAACUGGUUCAAAAUUCACUGGAUGCGGGUGCCUCUCACAUCCAAGUCGGAAUUGAUCCCACUCAAUGGGAAUGCUGGGUUCGAGAUGAUGGCCAAGGCAUGUCAACUGAAGGAAUGAAGUUGCUAGCGGGUGGACAUGAGAAAGGCCGGUAUAUCUCUUCCAAAACGUAUGAGGCGUCCCACACCGAAGCAGGGACAUUCGGAUUUCGUGGCGAAGCGCUCGCUUCGGCCAUGGAAUUAUCAUGCUUGGAAAUAUCCUCCCGUACGCCUGGCGCGCGAGAAAGCUGGUCUGUUAUUCUGAAGGCGGGUGAGCAACUGUAUUUUGGCCCCUCAGUGCGUUGGAGAAGGGAAAAGACGGGGACUACCGUUGUUUGCCGAGACGUGUUCUUUAAUGUUCCUGUUCGACGCAUAUCACACCCAAAUGUUACACGGACCUUAGAACUAACAAGAAAGGAACUGGAAAGUUUGGCAUUGGUAUUCCCGCAAGUGUCCUUUACUUUGGAUCAUACAAGUGAAUCUCAGAAAGUUAGAGUAAUCUCGAUCCCGAAGACUAGCUCAUCAUUAACGGCUUUUCGAGCUUUGUAUGGGAAAUCAAUGGCUGAGAAUGUUGAGGAACUUAAUGUGCGAUCGGAGGACCUUACAAUCGAGGGGUUUAUUAGCCUAAGCGGCUCUCACUCACGAGGAUACCAAAACUUUUACGUCAAUAGACACCCAAUGGUGCUGGGCGAUAUUCAAAGGGCAAUUGAACAGAAAUUUGCUACUAGCGGGUUUGGCCGGUUGGCUCAAGAUGGUACUGAACGUAGUUUGCAUUCAACCUCCCAAUACCCAUCCAAGAAAGUCGAUCGAAGGCCUGUUUACGUUCUUAAUCUUAGUGUUUCUACAACACAGGUCGACAAUUUUAUUGAACCAGCCAAAUCCAUGGAUACAAGUCGGGUCCUGUCCUUUAUACUCGAGGUUAUCCAUCGCUUCUUAUCCCGAAAUGGCUUUGGUACAACUGUGUCCGAGGACGAAGAGACCGAAGCCACACAUACAAAAGAACUUCGACCAUUGCGCAAGCGUGUUCGGUAUGAGAACCUGGAGCCUGGUCCGAGUGAAGCGCCAGCCACUUUCAUACUAUCUGAAAGCGAUCGAAGACUUACUUGCUCGGACAUUGAACACCUAGAGCCACGUUCGACCCACCAGAUUGGGGCCCAAGAUUUCCCUACGCAACACAGCGAUUCCGGAUACUUUGAAUGGGACGACCCAUCGACCGGAGAGUCGUUCUUAAUAAACUCUCAAACGGGUAACUCGCUUCCCAAGUACCGGACGUUUGAUCACACUCUGCGCAAUGACACCUUCGCUUGUCCAGAAGCAAGUAUAUUCGCCACGGGAGCAACCAAUCACGGCAGUAGGUCUGAUUACCAUGGGCUAAAGCCUCACACGCAUACAUGGGGCCCACUCGAACGUAAUGACAGUCUUAAUCCUGCUCAGUUUUCUCAAUUGAUCUCCCGGGGUUUCUCUCGGACGGAUCUGCAGAACUCUGAGGUGAUUGCACAGGUUGACGCAAAGUUCGUAGCUUGCAUAUUUCGGGUUACGUCAACAUCGGAGCGGAUACUUGUACUGGUGGACCAACAUGCUGCGGAUGAACGAGUAAGGGUAGAGCGAUAUCUUAAAGCGCUUUGUAUUGGUUUUAUCCGGGACAAGGUGGAUAUAAUGCAGCUCAAGCCUCCAGUGAAGAUACUCCUUACGCGCAAAGAAGCAAACAUACUAACGCGACCAGAUACUCUAAAUGCGCUUUCAAGAUGGGGCUUGUGUAUUGAGAUCCAUCUACCCGACACUCUGGAUGUGCAAACUCUAGCAGAGGACCGAGAUUUCUGUCAAGUUGACGUGAUAUCUGUUCCAGAUGUCGUCUCCAAAAAACUGGUUGACAAAAGAGAGCUCUCAGUUUUCGUGAAAGCUAUGCUUGAUACCAUUGAUGUAGAGGGGUGCACUCAUUGGCCAUUUCCUUCGGCAAAUGUCGAAAACGAUGACUGGGUCAAAGCGCUCCGGUUUUGUCCCGCCCCAUUAUUCGAGUUAUUGAACUUAAGAGCCUGUAGAGGCGCCAUAAUGUUUAAUGAUCCACUCGAUGAAUACCAAUGCCAGCACCUCAUUAUGCAACUAGGAAGAACAAUUUUCCCAUUUCAAUGUGCUCACGGAAGGCCAUCUAUAGCCCCAUUACUUCGAGUAGACACAGUGUCAUCCACGAAUCCUGCGACUGAUUGGAAAGCUUUCGAUCAAGAGCUGUAG